AGGCUCCAGGCUCUGAGCUGUCAGCACAGAGCCCGACGUGGGGCUCGAACUCACAAACCAUGAGACCAUGACCUGAGCUGAAGUUGGACACUUGACCGUCUGAGCCACCCAGGCGCCCCACCAUUAUCAUCAACAUGAUUACCAUCCUCAUUUCACAACUGCAAACCCAAUGCAUAGAGAAUUUAGGACUCUGCCCUUUUCUACAAGGAGAGCACACAGGAGGGAAUGGCCGCUGUGUCUCCAACUGACAGAUGCCAGGAAUCAGUGACAUUUGAGGAUGUGGCUGUGAUUUUCACAGAUGAAGAGUGGAGGCAUCUAGUCCCUAUUCAGAAGGACCUCUACAAGGAGGUGAUGCUGGAAAACUAUAAGAGCAUUGUCUCAUUGGGACUCCCAGUUCCUCGACCUGAGGUCAUUUUUCAGUUGAAGAGAGGGGAUGAGCCUUGGAUAGUUGAUCUUCAUGGAUCUGAGGAGAGAGAAUGUCCAGGGAAUGUCUCUCUAGAUUGGGAGACCAAGCCUGAGCCUCAGGGUGCUUCGGAAGAAGAAAAACCAGGACGAAUAGUGAGGGAAAGGCUUGGAAGAAAAGUUCCUCUGUGUCCUAAAUUUGAAGCUCAUGCCCUGGAGGGUGAGUUAGAAACAGGGAAGGGGAGCCCUGUGGUGCAGACCUGCAAGAAGUCCCUUUCCCAGAAGGAAAAUUUGCAGCAAGGGUCUAGCCCUCUGAAGAAAAUUCUCACUAAGGAGAGAGACCAGGAAUGCAGCAACUGUGGGAAGACCUUUUUUGACCACUCAUCGCUUAUCCGCCACCAGAGGACUCACACUGGAGAGAAGCCCUAUGACUGUCACGAGUGCGGGAAGGCCUUCAGUCACAGGAGCAGUCUCAGCAGACAUCUGAUGUCUCACACGGGGGAGAGCCCCUACGAAUGCAACGCGUGUGGGAAGGCCUUCUUUGACCGGUCGUCCCUAACGGUCCAUCAGCGAAUUCAUACCGGAGAGAAGCCCUUUAAAUGCAGCGAGUGCGGAAAGGCCUUCUUUGACCGCUCGUCCCUUACUCGACACCAGAGAAUUCAUACUGGAGAAAGUCCUUAUGAAUGUAAUCAGUGCGGGAAAGCCUUCAGCCAGAAAAGUAUUCUUACUCGACAUCAGCUCAUCCACACUGGCAGGAAGCCCUACGAAUGUAAUGAGUGUGGGAAAGCCUUCUAUGGCGUCUCGUCACUGAACAGACAUCAGAAAGCCCACACUGGAGAGCCUCGCUAUCGGUGCAGCGAGUGUGGGAAAGCUUUCUUUGACCGCUCGUCCCUCACGCAGCACCAGAAGAUUCACACUGGAGACAAGCCAUACGAAUGCACCGAAUGUGGGAAAGCCUUUAGCCAGAGGUGCCGGCUUACGCGACAUCAGAGAGUGCACACGGGAGAGAAACCCUUCGAAUGCAGCGUGUGUGGCAAAGUGUUCAGUUCGAAAUCGUCAGUCAUUCAACAUCAACGGCGUUAUGCCAAACAAGGAAUAGACUGAGUUGGGUGGAAGCUUCAGUCAGCGGACCACCGUAGAAACCCAAGACUGGUCUUUCCCACAGCAGGCAAAUCCCUCCUUUGAGCACUCUACGUAUUCUGGCCACUACUCCCCUUUUCCAUCUCUGCUGCCACGGUGUGAAUAAACACUCGCUACCUACUGUGUUAUAGAACUGAUGUGGGAUGCCGGAAAGGAGGCUGUGACUCUAAAGAGUCGACAUUUUGCUGAAGCUUAUCAGACAAUAGGAUAAAUGUUAGGAGGUGAUCCGCAGGCACGCCUCUUGUCUGAGGCCCCAGGUACCACUGCACUUUAAUAACCGGAGGCCAGGAUGGGAGGGAUGGCAGAAUUGUGUCAGGGCCGUACUGUUGCUUCCAGAACGGUUCUUUUUAUAGCUGGGUCCCUUUCCCCUGGGAGCUUUUUUGGGCACUGACCUUGUUCUUUGUGUCCUAGCUUGUAGGUCCCUUCUGCUGCUGCUGCUGCUGCUGCUGCUGCUGCUGCUAUGACUAGCUAGCUAAGUAGCACUUACCGAGUGCUCAUUAUGGGGUAAGCACUCAGUGGAGAGUUCGGCAAAGAGUAGAUUAUUUGGUCCUCUCACCAACCCUAUCAAGUAGAAGUAGGUACUGUUACUAUCCUCAUUUUACAGAUGAGCAAACUGAAAUUUAGAGGUGUCGAAUAAUUUGCCCAAGGUGGCACAGCUAGGAAAAGGUGAAGCCAAGUCUUGGAUACAAGUCUGCCUUCAAAGUCUGUUCCUUUAAGCAUUAUGCUCUACGGUCUGUUUCAUAAUUUAUGUACGUGUAAUCUCUCCUCAACUAGAUUGUAAGCACUUGGAGGCGUGACUUAUGUGUCUUUGUAUCUCACACGGUGCCUUGCACAUAAUAGGUGCUCAAUAAAUAUUUAUCCGAAUUAA